AUGGUCCGCAUCACCACCUGGAACGUGAACGGCAUCCGCAACCCGUUUGGAUACCAGCCAUGGCGCGAGAAGCGCACUUUCGAUGCCAUGUUCGAUCUUCUCGAGGCCGACAUGGUCGUCAUGCAAGAGCUGAAGAUCCAGCGAAAAGACCUGACCGAUGACAUGGUGUUGGUCCCCGGCUGGGACUGCUACUUCAGCGUGCCGAAACAUAAGAAGGGCUACUCGGGUGUUGCAAUCUACACCCGCAACGCAGUGUGUGCCCCGGCUCGCGCCGAGGAGGGCCUUCUGGGGGUUCUGUGCCCGUCCGGCUCUUCGACACCAUACCGAGAGCUGCCCGACGAUGCUGCCAUUGGUGGCUACCCCACGCCCGCUCAGGUCGCCGCGCUGGGUGUUGAUCCCGCCAUGCUAGAUGCCGAAGGUCGCUGCGUCGUGCUCGAGUUCCCCGCCUUCGUCAUCUUUGGCGUCUACAGCCCGGCCAACAGCAACGGCCUCCGCGACGAUUUCCGCUAUGGCUUCCUUACUGCUCUCGACACGCGCAUUCGUAAUCUCAAGAAGAUGGGGAAGAGGGUGAUUCUUACUGGAGACCUGAACGUGUCUCGGGAGGAAGUAGACACAGCCAAAGCAGAAGAGAGCAUGCGUGCGGAAGGCAUCACAAGGGAAGACUAUCUAAACGCCCCCAAUCGGCGCGUCUUCAACCAACUCGUGGCCAAUGGCAGAGUCCCUGGGGCUCGCGAUCCUGGAAGAGAGGAGCCUGUGCUGUGGGACCUUUGUCGAGAAAUGCACCCCAAGCGCGAGGGCAUGUUCACCCACUGGGAGCAAAAGAUCAACGCACGUCCCGGGAACUUUGGCUCCCGCAUCGACUACGUACUUUGCAGCAUUGAAAUGAAGGACUGGUUUCAGGAUGCGAACAUACAAGAAGGGUUGAUGGGCUCGGAUCAUUGUCCUGUAUAUGCAUCUACCAAGGAAGUCGUUGAGCAUGAAGGAAGACAAGUGCACAUUGUUGAUCUCAUGAAUGCGCCAGGAACCUUCAAAGACGGUGUGAGGUUGAGGGAGUACAGUCUAACUCAGGACUUGCUUCCACAGUCAGGCCGGCUCCUGCCCGAGUUCGACAAACGGCGCAGCAUCAGGGACAUGUUCAACAAGGCUCGCGCACCUGCUAAGGUCCCAUCGACACCGCUUCAAGCACCUGCUGAUAUACAGGGAGACUCUAGAGGUCAGUCGAACCCCACCGUCGUCCCCGAAUCGCCGCGCACAGCCAAUGGCUCCGGCGCCAGCCAGAAGAUGUCGUUGAACUCCCCCGAGAAGCGCCGUGCCUCCGGCGCAUCCCUGUCGAAACCCGUCAAAAAGAGCAAGGCUAGCGUCGCUACUUCUUCCCUGGCCCGAUCAUCCUCGUCGAAAGGACAGCAAUCGCUUCGAGGCUUCUUUGCACCAAAGUCCCUUCCCGCGAAAUCCAAAUCAGAAGACCCCUCAACCGCAAUUGCCCUCAACCAGAGGCCAUCGGUCGAUGUGCCCGCAAGCCCUAAAGGAGCCAGAGCUCUCUCCUCGUUACCUCCGCCUGUCACUCCGCCGCCCGUCCGAGACCCAGAAGCCUCGAAAGAGUCAUGGGUCAAGCUCUUCUCCAAGAAGCCACCUCCCCGAUGCGAAGGCCACGAUGAGCCCUGCAAGAGCCUUCAAACAAAGAAACCGGGGGUCAACUGCGGGAGGCAGUUCUGGAUAUGUUCAAGGUGA